ACACAGCUCUUUUCAUCAAAGCUUACCUUGUGUACUGUAAGAGUUUCCUCAACCAUUCUAUUGUUAGUCACCGAUCAAUUUCCUUCAAAGUAAGAUCAAUCCACUGAAAAUGUCGUCUAAAGAUCAGAGCACCAAAGCCGCCGAAGUGAAGGGUCAAACUCAGGAGAAGGCCGGGCAGAUGAUGGACGCCACGAAGCAGAAGGCCCAAGAAGCCAUAAACAAGGUCCAAGAUACGGCCAAAUUUGCAAAAGACAGAACCCUAGAGAGAAAGGACCAGACUGGAAGCUGCCUCUCUGAACAGACGGAGGCUGGCAAAGGGAAGACCUCGGAGAUGAGCCAGGCUGCGAAGGAGAAGGCCUGCGGAGCGGCCCAGGCAACGAAGGAGAAGGGGGCGGAGAUAGCGGGGACGGCCCGCGGGACGGCCCAAUCCGGGAAGGAUGAGACUGGAGGGAUCCUGCAGAAGACACGGGAGCAAGUGACGAGCGUGGCCCAGGCAACGAAGGAGAAGGCGGCGGGGAUGUCGGAGACGGUCUGCAAGACGGCCCAAUCCGGGAAGGAUGAGACUGGGGGGUUCCUGCAGAAGACAGGGGAGCAAGUGAUGAGCGUGGCCCAAAAUACUGCUGAUACUGUGAAGCGCACCUUGGGCAUGGCUGGUACUGAGGGUGACAAAAAGGCCGACACCACCACCAGCAAGGAGUAGUAAUUAAUAAGUCACAUGCCAAGACUGUUGUUGUUGUUGUUCUUGGAUGUUGUGUUAAUGUUUCAUUUUUUUAAGGCAAAAAAAAAAAGUGAGCCUCAUAUAUAGUUGAGGAAUGCUUUGUUUAAUUCCAUUGUUGUAAUGGAGGGGAGUGGGGCAAGAUUGUAAUUUGAACUUGUUAUGGAAUCCUUGCAAUCAGAUGUUUCCCUUCCUUUCCUUUGUGGUGUAAUACAGUAAUCUUCUUUAAUCAAUGUCUACCCCUGUUGUGUCA